GGCCACAAGAACUUGUGGCUGAGAAUCAAACCAUGGUGAUGUCGUGGCAUCCACCUCUCAUUUAUACCCAUCCUGAAAACCUCAACGCACUUCAAAACAAUUUACCAAACCCAAAAAAGAAAAAAAAUUCACCACCUACGAAUUGUCUUAGCUGCUUUUUUUGAUAUUGUUUUUCUCUCUAGUGUGUCUUGUUCGGUUGUUGAGAAAAUGCAAGAAACUAAAGACCCCGGGAUCACGUUGUUUGGUCAGAAGAUUCAGUUUCCUGCUGUUGGAGCGGAGGUUUCGACUAUCUCUGUUGGUGAAUUCGACAAGGCAGUAGUAGAGGAUGAAGAGGGCGAUGAAUUUAUUGAUGAUGAACAAGGAGAAGAAGAUGAAGAAGAAGUGGAAGAGAAAACAGAGCAGGAUUCUUUAGCAGGGAAGAUUGCUGAUACUGAACAAGAAGAUGACGUCCACGCUUCGUAUAGAGAGGAAUCGGAAAAUAAUCCGGAAGCAUCGCCGGAGACUAAUGUAAACCCGAAAACUCCCUCGAUCGACGAAGAAAAUGGAAAAUCGAAGACCGGAAAGGCCGAUAAAGAACGAAGUGAUGGUACCAAGUCACAGGAGAAAACACUUAAAAAGCCUGAUCAGAUACUUCCAUGUCCCCGCUGCAAUAGCAUGGAUACAAAAUUUUGCUACUACAAUAAUUAUAAUAUUAAUCAGCCUCGUCAUUUCUGCAAAGCCUGCCAAAGAUACUGGACCGCAGGCGGUACGAUGAGGAAUGUACCGGUGGGAGCUGGUCGUCGUAAGAACAAGAACUCUGCUUCGCACUAUCAACACAUCUCGAUAUCGGAGGUUCUUCAAGCUGCUCGAAUGGAUGCUCCUAAUGCAGGACAUCAUCCUGCAUUGAAAAGCAAUGGCAGGGUCCUUAGUUUCGGCCUAGAUGCACCCAUAUGUGAUUCCAUGGAUUCUGUCUUAAACCUUGGGGAGAAAAAGGUUCUUAAUGGUACCCGAAAUGGAUUUCAUGGCCUCGAAGAACAAAGGGUUUCAGUCGCAAACAGACGGGAAAACGGUGAUGAUUGCUCGAGUGGAUCUUCCAUCACAGUUUCGAACUCGAUGGAGGGAGGUAGAAACUGCAUUCAAGAAAAUAUGGUGGGGAAUAUUAACGGCUUUCCUUCACAGGUCCCUUGUUUACCUGGUGUUUCUUGGCAUUAUCCAUGGAAUUCUGCAGUGCCUCCACCGGCAUUUUGCCCGUCUGGAUUUCCCAUGUCGUUCUACCCUGCCGCAGCUUAUUGGAACUGUGGGAUUCCCGGCACUUGGAACGUUCCUUGGAUGUCUCCUCAGUCAUCCUCCACUGCUUCAAACCAGAAGGCUCCAACUUCGGGUUCAAAUUAUCCGACGUUAGGGAAACAUUCAAGGGAAGGGGACACAACUGCUAAAUUAGAUGAUUCAGAAAAACACAAGCCAACAAAACAGAAGAACGGAAGCGUUUUGGUUCCGAAAACAUUAAGGAUCGAUGAUCCAAGUGAAGCGGCAAAAAGUUCAAUAUGGGCAACACUCGGGAUCAAGAACGAAUCACUUAGCGGGGGAGGGCUUUUCAAGGCCUUCCAUUCAAAGAGUGAUGAAAAGAAUCAUGUAGCUGAAGCAUCACCAGUAUUGAGAGCAAACCCAGCAGCAUUGUCAAGAUCCCUCAACUUCCACGAGAGCUCUUGAAAGCUAGGUGCUUGAUAUAGGCCUUAAAUACUUAGGAACCACUUACUGGCGUCGUCUUGUUGGAUCAGUUCAGGAGUUAGCUGCCUGAGACAAAGACCAGAGACCGGAAAGGAUUGGAAAAGGAAAAAAAGGAGGGUGUAAUCCCCUUUUCUUUUUCUCCUCUGUAGGAUGAGAAGCUCAGGGAAAACUAAUUCUCUUCAUGUAACAGUACAAUAAACAGUAAAUAUAUAUGCCUUUUGAUUUUUACUUGGGUUGCUCAGUUUGUAUUGAUGUAUAUAUCUCUAUAUAUGUAAAAUACCAUGACGGUAUUGGAGAAUUAUCCUUUAGAUAUAUUGAACUAAAUUUUCAUACUGAAGCAGUGGAAGUCUUUUUCCUC